AUAAUAAUUCCCAGUAUUAUACCCGUCCGACGCACGUAGUUAGGCAACAUGAAUGCACCCAGAGCUAAUACCGCACUGUAACGGUUUCGGUUUAACAUAUGUUUCAUUAUCCUUUCAUUUCCACCGGCUCUCACCGGUCGGUGCGGUGUCAUCGAAAGGUCCCCUUCCAACGUUGUUACAGAUAUGUUCUACCAGGCUCACCAGCUAGCAACGCAGCGAACAACUUCCACCAGGUCGCCGCAGUAAGUAAUCAUCAUUUUGGAUGGAUUCCACUGCAGGCAGCAGCUCAGGUCCACACAGCAUUACCGGUGCUGUCGUGUAAGCUGUAUAAUUAAGCAUCAGCAGCAUCCUACUGAACCUAGCAGAACGAAGAGCACGGGGCGUAUUCCUCAUCAGGGAAUAAACAUUUCGACCUAGCUUUUUCAAUCAAAUGUGCUAAUGGCGUUUCUCACUAGUCGCUACAUCAUCCAUAUUAGGAGUAUUAUAAACUAAGCCCUAGUAGUACACAUUUCAUCCAUUUCAGCAUUUUGUAGUACGCAGUGAAAACAGCACUAGUGCGGCAUUAAUUAAAUUAGAAGCAUAAACUAGGAAGCGCGCGACAACGAAAAACGAACACGCGUGUCCCAGACUGUCAAAUGAAAAUAAAACUUGCAACUCUUCCCGCUCGUUUGCCGGUUCGGAGCGAAACGGUCACAUGCGCCCCAGCUGCUCGUUCAGUCUUCCUGUGUGCACCUUCUCUCUCUCUCUCUCACGAAACCCGCGUGCUUUGUCAGAGGGGCUUCGUCUCUCAUAGCACGCUCCGACGCAUACUCACACAACGCGCGUGUAUGACGAGAUUUCGUAGAACACAGAACCCGCCCAAAGGCUACACCACUACAAACCCCGUGCUAUACGAACGGUUGGUUGUUGGUGGUACUUUUUCGUUUCGUUUCUCUACGGCCGGGCGAGUCGAAGUCGAGUACAGCUCUACUUGAACGACACAGACGAUCGAUAGAUGCGAUGAACGCGGUUCGCAGUCGGUGUAUGACAAAGUCUGUGCAGUGUGAAAAUAGGCAAAUAAAUUAGUGUGAUUUUCUUCAACGGCACGCGGAAAUCAACGGCCACAGAAUGGAGAUGAUGGAAGUCCCGGUGGAUCCUCAGCGAUUCAAGAUGCGCCAGCGCCGGUCCUUCUCGUUGGCGGAGAAAAUGAAAAUUCUGGACCGUUUGGGCCAAGGCCAGAGCGCUACGAAGAUUGCUCGCGAUUACAAUGUCAACGAAUCAACAAUUCGACACAUGCGUAAACAGGAAGCCACAAUUCGUUUGGCGGCACAGUCAAUGACGUCAAAGGUGGCAUUGGGCUCCAAACGAAACCGAAAUCUGCAAAUGUCCAAGAUGGAAGCCUGUCUUACCACAUGGUUGGAUGAUCUCCGCGCCAAACGGCUACCCGUGUGGCACCACAAAAUCAAAUCCAAGGCGUUGCAACUCUACGACCUCCUCGGCAAACACGAAGUGUACGAACAUAUAGGGUUCGCGGCUAGUACUGGAUGGUUCGAGAGGUUCAAAAAGAAAUAUGAUCUCUUCGAACUGAGGCCAUACGAAGAUCGUCCUCCACCGACCGAAAUUGAGUUCAAAACUACCAUGCAGAGUGCGAUCCAAGAAGGGCACAUCUCUCUUGGCCAGAUAUUCACUGUAGAGACCAGCUCCUUCCACUGGAAGUGUCUUCCUGGUGUCGAAAGUGAAGAAAAAGCAACGGUGUUGUUCUGUUGUGACGCUUCCGGGAACUUUGUCACCCUACCUAAACUUUACGGCCCCAAAGCCUCCAAGGAAUCAACUGCUGAUUCAGUGUUCGUAAAAUGCGACAUACCGGAAUCAAUCACAAGUCAAGAUGUUCGUGACUGGUUUUACAAAAUAUUUGUACCAAAGGCUGAAAGCUACCUCAAAAAGUCUAACCAUCCUGACCGAGCAAUUGUAUUGCUAGCCAAUGACCAGAAUCAUCCAACCGAUUUGGAGCAUUAUUCAUUUGAUGUCGCCACGAUUCCUCCAGGAUGCAACCCCACCUGUUUACCUACCGCUCAAGGCAUUCUAGUUCAUUUCAACGCAGUCUAUUUGAAACAGCUGAGCUUGAAAAUGAAGCAAGCCGUUCAAUUUGGAGAAACAUUUCAGGAUGCUUGGAGUGAAUUCUCUUUCGAGGAAACAACGGAAGUUCUAAAAUCCACCAUCGCGAACCUUGACAAAAGAGCGAUCACAAAUGGCUGGUCCUAUUUGCUCGAUACACCGCACGAAGACUUUUCCAAUGACGCAAUUCUUCAAGACACAGUUGCAAUCCUUCACUCUAUUGGUUUGGCAAGCGUUACAGUGGAAGCGCUGAAAGCUCAAAUCACUCCUCGAGAGCUCACUAACGAGGAGGUCGUGCAAAUUUUCUUCAAGCACCAGAAAGAGUUAGAGGGCAUGAAUCAAAUGCAUUUCGUGUCGGAACCCAGCGAAGCUGCGUGCUCCUCCCCCAAAGAAAUGGAUCCCGUUGAAAAAAGAAUGCUUGUCUCUGAAAUAAACCACCACCUGGCGGCGCUAGUUUCGGCUAGGAAAUUUUUCGAUCACAAGGACAAGAACAAGGUACGAGCGGAGGCCAUCGCCAAGCGGCUGAAGCAGGUGGGCAUCUGGAUACGUGAGAUGAGAAACGAAAUCUAUCCUACUGAUCCUAUGGAUGGAAUCCCGUUGGACGUUAAGGUUGAACCGUUUGAAAUCGAGCUGGAGGUAGAAUCGUUAGACAGUGACGAAUAAAGAGUUCAUAAGUGAAA